AUGCAGGGGCCCGUAGAUGCCUCUUCCUCCUUCACCCCAUCCUCCCAAGCCCAUCCCCAGUCUUUAGAAACAGGUCCUGGUCAGAGACCCUCCUCUGCCCCCUUCCCCCAGUCCCUCCCUGCCUCUGUGUCCGUUCCUACUGCCACCCAACACUCUACUGUCAACUCCAGCUCCCAAUCUGCAUUUCAAGGUAACUGUUUCUUGUUUGCAUCAACCUCUUAAGUCAGUGUUCAUAAUCAACCAAUAACACAGUUUGGAAAAUGUGACCAGUGCUGCUGAUGCGACGAUAGGCCGUACCGCAUUGUGGUGUUGAAAACCCUCAAGCAUCAGACUCGGCUUGUAGUCAGUUUACUGUGUGUAAGCAUACAGACGGCACAACAGAUGGUCAGAUCACUUAAGCCUUUAAGUUAACGCACACUACAAAGUAAACCGUGUGAGUUCUGUACCCAACAACCAGUUCUGCCUCCAUUAAAAGCAGUACUGACAUUUAGUAAAAUACUCCCAGUGGCACAUGUAUCUGGACCAUCCAGUAUGGGAUGUGACUGUCACUGCUCACUCUGCCUGGCAAUGGCCCUGAUAAGCCAGUUAUAGUGAGGAAGAGAUGGAAGACUGACAGUAGAAACACCAGGAGGACAGGAGUCUGAGGUAGCGUCCCAAAUGGCACCCUAUUCCCUAAUGGAAUAGACAGUGGAAUAGGGUGCCGUUUGAGACACAGCCUUGUAAUCUCCUGGAUCAGUCCCUGUGUUCUCUGUACGGAGACGGAGGCGGCUCUAACUGGCCUACAGAGGAGACACACCAGCUGAGAGCUGGUAUGCACAGACACACACACACACGCGUAAGGAAUUGCGUAAAAAAACACCCAACUCAAAUCUUUUAGGGAGUUAGUGACCUACUUGUCUCCCAUCUGUAAAAAGCCAAUUAGGUGGCACAAACAUGCUCUAGCCCAGGGGUGUCAAACAUACGGCCGGAUCCGGCCUGCGAGGGGGUCCAAUCUGGCCCGCAGGUGGUCAUUUUAAAAUAUAAUUUAAAAUGACUAAUGCCAAAUCAAAACUGAAGAUAUGAUAAUGGACCUAUAUUCCUACAGUUUCUUGACUGUGUCCAGCUUGCUAGUAGUCACCUAAAUGAAAGCUAGACAGUCAGGGAGCAUAGAACAUUCAAAAAACGAUGAAUAGAGGAUUUUGUUUAGCUAAUUAUAAUACAUUUUAAGUCCGGACCUCACUGAAGACCAGUGCGGCCCCGGGGCAAAAUGAGUUUGACACCCCUGCUGUAGCUCUUUUAUAUGCUGCCAGUGCCACUGGCCUGGAAAGGGAUAGCCCAGCCUAUCAGUAGCAUUCAGCAAGCAGCCAGUAGCUCCACCUAGGUGCAAAACGUAUACAUAUUUUUCAUGUAAUGUGUGAAGCUGCUGAAGCACUACAUUUCUACACUCUUAAAGUGUCCCUGAGUUCAGAUUCUGCACACUGAAUGACAGCUGUAAAGUAAUGAUGGUCAGUUUCUGUUAAAUCCAAAUUCACUCUACCCUCCUUAUUGAGGAGGGGCUAAUAGAACUAAGAAUCAGGCAGAAUUAAUGGUUGUGAUAUCAAGCAGCUGUGUUCCUCCUCAACCCAACCUCUCAUACUGCCCGUCCUGGAAGAGAAACUGUUCUCCUCGUGUGAUUUAAACGCUGAAAAGAAAGGCCCCAGGUUAGCUUUAAGUCCCACAGGACCCUGGCCCCUAAACCGAGCUAACAGUCACUGGCCAGUUUCACUCCACACCAGGCCCGGAACUGGGGCCAAGGCCCUGGGAAUGAGCGGCUGAGGCUCCUGGGGACAUGAGUUCUGCUUUCCACUCUAUUAACUAUGGACAUUAUCAUAUUUAUUAUUUCAUAUAAUAAACAUAUUCAACAAUAAUUUGCUUAAGAAUCUGUGGUAGAUUUUCUGAGCCUGCACAAACUGGCCUUUAUAUUAAAGCAAUAAUGCCAGAGGGGGUGUGGUAUAUGGCCAAUAUACCACGGCUAAGGGGUGUUCUUAAGCACGACGCAACGCGGAGUGCCUGGGUACAGCCCUUAGCCGUGGUAUGUUGGCCAUAUACCACAAACCCCAGAGGUGCCUUAUUGCUAUUAUAAACGGGUUACCAAUGUAAUUAGAGAAGUAAAAAUAAAUAUUCUGUCAUACCUGUGGUAUACGGUCUGAUAUACCACGGCUGUAAGCCAAUCAGCAUUCAGGGCUCAAACCACCCAGUGUGUAAUUCACUACUAUAGCACUGUGCACUUUGUCCUCCUCCCGUCAUCGUAGCCUGUGUUGUCUUGUUGUGCCAUUUAUCAUUCUUCCUCCAUUUUUACAGACUCAUCGCCAUCCCACUCUUCCGUCACCUCUCACUCCCUCCCCCCUGCUUUCCCCAAUGACGAUGACGAGUUUAGUGACUUUAUGCAGGGUCCCGUAGAUGCCUCUUCCUCCUUCCUCCCCUCCUCCUCCUCAGUCUUCCCCCCCUCCUCCCAGGCCCUUCCCCAGUCUUUAGACCCAGGUCCUGGUCAGAGACCGUCCUCUGCCCCCCUCCCCCAGUCCCUCCCUGCUUCUGUGUCCAUUCCUACUGCCACCCAACACUCUACUCUCAACUCCAGCUCCCAAUCUGCAUUUCAAGGUAACUGUUUUUUUGUUUGCAUCAACCUCAUAAGUCAGUGUUCAGUGUUCAUAAUCAACCAAUAACACAAUGUGACCAGUGCUGCUGUACAGCAUCGUGGCGUCAAACCAUCUAGCGUCAGACUCUGCUUGUAGUCAGUUUACAGUAAGCAUACAGACGGCACGACAGAUGGUCAGAUCACUUAAGCCUUUAAGUUAACGCACACUACAAAGUAAACCGUGUGAGUUCUGUACCCAACAACCAGUUCUGCCUCCAUUAAAAGCAGUACUGACAUUUAGUAAAAUACUCCCAGUGGCACAUGUAUCUGCACCAUCCAGUAUGGGCUGUGACUGUCACUGCUCACUCUGGCUGGCAGUGACCCUGAUAAACCAGUUAUAGUGAGGAAGAGAUGGAAGACUCUGACAGAAAGUAAACACACCAGGAGGACAGGAGACUGAAGUAGCAUCCCAUAUGGUGCCGUUUGAGACGCAACCUGGCUCGUUGUGCCUCUGCCUUGUAAUCUCCUGGAUCAGUCCCUGUGAUCUCUGUACGGAGACGGAGGGGGCUCGAACUGGCCUACAGAGGAGACACACCAGCUGAGAGCGCACACACACGCACACGGCAGAAUUCCCUUUUUAUUUUGUUUUAUCUCAAAUCCUUUAAGGAGUUAGUGACCUAUUUGUCUCCCAUCUGUAAUAAGCCAAUUAGGUGGCACAAACAUGCUCUAGCCCAGAGUUGUCAAACAUACUGCCGGAUCCGGCCUGCGAGGGGGUCCAAUCCGGCCCGCGGGUGGUCAUUUUAAAACAUUUUUUUAAAUGACUAAAACCAAAUUGAAACUGUGUAGAAAUGAUAAUGAACCUAUAUUGAUACAGUUUCUUGUAUGUGUCCUGCUUGCUAAUAAUCACUGAAAUGAAAGCUUGACAGUCAGAGAGCAUAGUAAAUUCCAAAAACAAUGGAUAGAGGACUAUUUUUUGCAAAUUAUAACCAAUUUCCAGUGCGGCCCUCCGGACCUCACUGAAGACCAAUGCGGCCCCCGUGGCAAAAUGAGUUUGACAACCCUGCUGUAGCUCUUUGAUAUGCUGCCGGUGCCACCGACCUGGAAAGUGAUAGCCUAGCCUAUCUGUAGCAUUCAGUAAGCAGCCAGUAGCUCCACCUAGGUGCAAAAGUUGAAAAUAUUUGUCAUGUAAUGUGUGAAGCUGCUGAAGCGUUACAUUUCUACACCCUUAAAGUGUCCCUGAGUUCAGAUUUGCACACUGAAUUACAGCUGUAAAGUAAUGAGAAAUCAGUUUCUGUGAAAUCUAAAUUCACUCUACCGUCCAUACUGAGGAGGGGCCAGUAGAACUAAUAAACAGGCAGUAUAAAUGGUUGUGAUAUCAAGCAGCUGUGUUCCUCCUCACCCACUUCUCUAGGCCCGUCUCUGGAAGAGAAACUGUUCUCCUCGUGUGAUUUAACGGCUGAAAAGAAGGCCCAGGUUAGCUUUAAGUCCCAGAGGACCCUGGCCCCUAACAGAGCUACAGUCUCGGCCCAGUUUCACUCCAGCACCAAGGCCCGGAACUGGGCUGAGGCUCCUGGGGACCUGAGUUCUGCCUUCACUAUAGAAACACCACAACCAGAGGCACCAGCACAGGGACCCACAGCCCCCUCACCAUCAGCCGACACCCCUCCUCCCCAAACCAGUAGUGACAGUGGUGAGAAAAUAAACCAUUUAUUAACAGUCUCUCUCUCUGCCUUCGAUCACUGCAGAAUUAACACACAAUCAACGCAGAGCAUGGGGCCUAUCUAAUGGCCGAAUGCCCCCGAUUCCUCUUAUUUUUCAGCAAACACUUCAACGUUGACUGAUAAGACUUCAGACAAUGUGAUUUUUACUGUUUCUAACCCUGAUACUUCUCUUGAUUUUCCUAUCUGUAAUGGAAAUCAUACUAACCACCUCUGGGCUCACAGAUUAGGUUGGCAAAGCCUAAAAGCUCUUGAUGUCAUUUAUCCUGUUUUGUAUGAGUCACUCAUAGGGACUAGAGUGUCCCAUCUCUACCUCCUUGGGUAACUGCUUCGGGACUAUCCUAUAUAGCUGAGGAAUCUUUCUGCUGGGUCUCCUCCAUCCAGAUCUCAUUAGGCCUGUCUCACGUUGGGCCCUCGCUAGCCUACACAAUGUGGAAAUGCUCUGUAUCUCUGGAGAUCCCCUGGAGGAAUACCUGGCUGCUAACUCAAUAAGCCUCUGUCUGUUCCUCUACUGGGGAACACUUUCCCAGAGAUUGACCGCUCUUGCUUUGUCCCAAAUGGCACCCUAUUUUCUAUAUAGUGUACUACUUUUGACCAGGGCCCAUAGGGCUCUGUAGUUAAUAGGUGUAAUUUGACGCAGUCAUAGAGAGACUGGCGCAUGCUGCUGACUGCUUGGGUUUAACAUGGAUAAGAUGCUACGCUUGGAUUGACCCGUACCUACUGGGAUCCCGUUGGUCUAAAGCUGAGGCCUCAUUCUGAUUCUGCUAUUCUGCUGCUAUCUAUUUGCUUUAGUUUGUUUGUCUUUCUCCUCAGUCGCUUGCUGUCUGUCAUCCAGGGAAAUGUAGAGGGUCCUCAUCAUAGAGACUGGGUGAACUGUAAUAGAGUUAUUUAAGUGUCUGAGACGAUUGAGCUGGUCUGAUGAGGGGAUUAUGUAGCCAAGUAGCUGCUUGAGUCAACAUUUGUCAUUUCGACAUACUAGUCUGAGGCAUCCAUUGAGACAUUUUCCUCUCCGAAUGCACCUUGUUAAGUAUGUUUUAGGAGCUGCUUUUACACCUGCUGAAUCAGUAACUUCGCCUUAGUACAUUCAUUAAAAAAGGACCUCAUGGUUACAUAGAAGAUUUAGAUCAAUGUCAGUAUGAAUUAAAGAGAGAGGCUAAUUUAUUUGUUUGACAACCCAAAUCCAAUCCCUCUAUUCCCCUCAGGAGCUGUCGGAGUAGUUGGUUCUGGUCCAAGGACAGAUUAAUAGUUGUAUGAAACAGCAGGAAGCUUAGGAUGUGGCAUCCCAAAUGGUACCCUAUUCCCGUUAUAGUGCACUACUUUUGGCCAGACCCAUAUGGGUCCUGGUCAAAGGUAGUGCAUUAGGGUGCCAUUUGGGAUUCAUCCUUAGUGAAUCAGUGCAGAGCAGCAUUACAUUUCCACUCAGAUCUCCAGACAGGUGGAGAAUACUAUACUAUACAAGGCAGGCUCUGGUCUGGUGAGAUGCUGAGCAUAGUACACUCAGCCCUAAGUCUCUGCUUCAGCUCCUAACCUAACUGUCCCUGUGUUUCUGACAGCAGGUGUUGGUGGGUACCCUCAACAAGAGCAUAUCCAGCCCAUGGUACCAGGCUGGCUCUACAACGACAGCCUCAUCCCAGGUAAACACCUAUGUUUUGGAACAGGUUUCUACCAAUUAUGUGUUAUGUCUAUGGUGUCUACUCAGAUCCUGUCCAACGCCUUCUCCAAUGAGUCAGAGAAAACUUCCUGGUUCUACCCAGUCUUUCUAUAAUAUGUUUGACCUGUUGCUGUGCCUUCUCUUUCUCCCCUCCAGAGAUGUUCAAAAAGGUCCUGCAGUUCACCAUGACUCCGGGGGGCAUCGACACAGCCAAGCUCUACCCCAUCCUGAUGUCAUCAGGCCUGCCUAGGGAAGCACUGGGCCAGAUCUGGGCCUCAGCCAAUCGCACCACGCCUGGCAUGCUGACCAAGGAGGAGCUCUACACAGUCCUGGCUCUGAUUGGUGUGGCACAGGUAGGCAUUUGCAUCACCUUACAUUUUUUAAAGGGUCAGAGUUAUUGACAACAGAAAGGUUUGAGUUUUUUUUCUGUCAGUUGGGACAUAAGACCAUCCUUCACUGAUAUUUUCUUCAUGUGAAGUAAAGGACAGUCCCUAAUAUUAUAUUUCAUAGCACCUUACUUUAGUAGUUAGGCCUAUUGCAUAUUAUUAUGUGUACAGUUGAUCUUCCAAGAAUGGUCUUACAGUCAGUCACCCCAGACAGUGAAAGGGAGACUGAUAGUGAGUGACUGUGCUGAAUCUCAGCUCUGGGCCCCUGGUAGGAUGGUGGUGGUGGUGGUGGUGGUGUGACUGAGCUCAGGCAGCCAGGUGAAAGUGACUGAGUCUCCUCUCAGCCCAGUGUGACAGCAGACCUCUUAUCUACCCCAGCCUUGCCCGGCCCUGCCGCUCACAAGCACCCCUGGGAGACUGACAAUCAUAUGCACUGCACAACUCACUCUGCACGCCACCGCCGCCUGCCACAGCGAGAAUAAUAACACUUAUUUUGUUAUGUAAAUGUAGGGUCUUGAGGGAGCGCCGCCAUGAGCUGCAUCCUUUGAAGAGUGAUGAAAAAGAUUGGGAAGCCACCGCCAGUGAUGGCUGUUAAAAUGGAACUUGACUUUAAUGAAUUAUUUAUUUCAGCAAAACAUGUGUCUGGCUCCUGCUGGAUGGAAUAUAAUUAUAAUAGAUGAUUGGGUUGGAUGAAUGGAAAAGCCCAAUUUUCCAGCGUCACUGUUUUAUAGUUACGAUGCACUCACACUUACAGACAGCACUGCCUAUUCACUAUAGGAUGACGGGUACCCCUGUUUAUGUAAUUUUCUAAAUGUCUAACAUGAAAAUUGACAUUAACGCAUUAAGCAGUUACUCAACUGUGACUUUCAGUGAUAUCACGCUAAAAGUCCAUCAUUCAUGGCCUCCUGAGUGGCGCAGCGGUCUAAGGGACUGCAUCGCAGUGCUAGAGGUGUCGCUACAGACCCGGGUUCGAUCCCGGGAUGGAUCACAACUGGCCGUGAUCGGGAGUCCCAUAGGGGCGGCGCACAACUGGCCCAGCAUCGUCCGUGUUAGGGGAGGGUUUGGCCAGGGGGGCUUUACUUGGUUCAUCGCACUCUACCGCCUCCUUGUGGCGGGCCGGGCACCUGCAGGCUGACCUCGGUCGUCAGUUGAACAGUGUUUCCUCCGACACAUUGGUGCGGCUGGCUUCCGGGUUAAGCGGGCGGGUGUUAAGAAGUGCGUUUGGUGGGUCAUGUUUCGGAGGACGCAUGACUCGACCUUCGCCCCCCGAGCCCGAUGGGGAGUUGCAGCGAUGAGACAAGAUCGAAAAAGGCGAUAAAAAAAUAAUAUAUAUAUUACAAAAAUAGAAUCAUCAUUCAGGAGACGUAGCCUUAUCUGAACCUGACCACUGAUCCCUGUUCAUCCCUCCCCUGCAGAGUGGUCUUCCAGCCAUGAAUGUGGAGAUCCUAAGCCAGUUCCCCUCUCCCCCGGUGCCCAACCUGCCUGCUCUGACCAUGGCUGUGGCCCCUGUCAUGCCCCAGCAGCACCAGCACCAGCAGGCCAUGAUGACUCAGCCCCCCGUCCCUGUGUCCAUGGCCAUGCCCACCCCAGCACCAGCAGUCAUGGGCAGGGCUCCUCCUGGUGCUCCUCUACCCUCUGUCCAACUACCCACUAACUUCAUCACAAACUUCCCACAUGUGCAGGUAACACAUAAAGCCAAUGGGCCAACCAAGCCUCUCCAUAGUAUAUACAGAUACAUGUGGUUUUAUUUCACAUUAUGUAUAAUAAUAAUAUAUCAUUUAUGCCAUUUAGUAGACACUUUUAUCCAAAGCGACUUCCAGUAGUGUGUGCAUUCAUUAUGUGUUUACUCACUCAUGUCCAUCGUCUUGGUGGUGUGUUUAGGGGAAAGCAGACGAUGAUGACUUCCAGGACUUCCAGGAGGCCCCCAGGGCAGGAGGAGGGGACCAGUCCUUCACUGAGUUCCAGGGGGAGUCAGGGGGAACCUUCCCCACCACCACACCCUCUCAGCACCAGAACAGGUACAGUGCAGACUGGCUGGAGUGACUGACUUCAGUGGCGGGAUCAGUGUUUGGUAUUACUUUAAAUCAGAUUACUCAUUCUGUAUGGAAGUAAAGCUGAAUACUACAUGUUAUACAGGUGUUGUGGGUAACAAGUACAUGGUCUCUUAGUUGCUUGUAAUAGUCUCUCCAGCAUAACAAUUGCACCUCGCCAUCUCUUAAUGAAUCAAUUUCAAUGGACAGUAGAGUUUCUUUAUAUUACUUUUCAAACCCUGCGUGGGGAGUCUGUCCCUCAGGGAGAGGCAGCGCAAAGCCAGUUAUCUUAUAAGACAAAGAGAAUGUGGAAAUAAAGGAUCUCACACGUCUGAGUGGCAUAGUCCCUUACAAUACCCUUCCUCUCUCCCCAAAAACAAAAGCUUCAUUGUUUCCUCCUGCGUAUCUCCAAUCCCCCCCCGGUCUCAGAUCACUGUCUAAUUAAAAGGGAGACUGAGAAACCCCAUGCUGAAUCCUCAGUAUAGACAGGUGGCUAUCACAGCAGCAGUAGAAUGGUUCUUAACAAGAUGAUGUUCAGUGGAAGGCUAGGUGUCUGGAGAGGCCCCUCAUCCCUCCAGGGUUUUGAUUCACUGUGUCUUAUCUGCGGUCCAGUAUGGUGUAAAACUGCUGUGGGAUUUCAUGAUUAUAAAUGUCCAAUUAGCUCAGGCAGCUUAAAGGGAUUAAGGUAUAGGAGAUAGGCGCAGCAUUGACCCCCAGACUGCGUCCAAAAUUCCCUUCAUACAUAGUGCACUACUAUUCCCUACAUACAUAGCGCACUCUGGUCAAAAGUAGUGCGCUAUAUAGGGAAUAGGGUGCCACUUGGGACAUAGCCCCAGACUCCCCUGUGGACUGAGCAUGCUGUAUUGUCUGUCUGUCUGCAGUGCUCCUGCCAUUCUGACUCCAGUCUCUGGCUCCUCCUCGUCAUCCUCUGAUAAGUAUGCUGUCUUCAAGCAGCUCUCUGUGGAGCAGCCUCCAGAGCCCACUCAGCCUGCCUCAGGUACACACUCACCUGGCCCUACAACACACAUGUACAUGCACACACACACACCUCAACAACUGCUAAUACACUCAUCCUCCACCACAACUAACAGAUGUGUAGAAAAUAGAAGACAUUGCUGAUGUUGUUUGUCAUAGAAUACUUACCUAAUAGUCUUUGUGUGGAUUGUAGUACAGUACAUUUGCCUGCCUGCCUGCCUGCCAAAUAUGCAGUCAUUUAUCAUUUAGUUGAAAGCUUACCUGUUUUGUUUAUCUGGUUUGACCCAGAUGUUGUUGGCGGAGACAAAUACAGUGUGUUCCGACAGCUAGAGCCACCAGGUGACAGGAAACCAGUAGGUAAGUAGAGCUCUCCAUCCUCUCUGGCUCUGCGCUGGGUCACACACACACACACACACACACACACACACACACACACACACACACACACACACACACACACACACACACACACACACACACACACACACACACACACACAGAGACAAACACACACACACACACACACACACACACACACACACACACACACACACACACACACACACACACACACACACACUGUUCCCAAGUGAACCCCCACAGCUCCCAAGCCUUCUGACAGAGAGUACAUAGUGGGACUGGGCUCUGAGAUGGUCCCUGUACUCAACAGAUGGCUAGAGGAAGAAACUGACAGACCUUCAAACACAAAGUCACAGCAGCCUUGGAGGAGAAAAUAAAAUACUUUGGAUGACUUGUUUUUGUAGGUAGACAGAAAUAGCCAUGUGUUCUACCUAUAUUUAAUUACACCAAUUGUGUAAAUGGGAAUGGGUUAGAGAAAGUGAGAAGAAUUCUAUUUGUAUAAUAUCUGAGUGCCAUGUUUGCUUUUUGGUGUGUGUGCUUUUAUCUUGCACACAUUUCCAGAGUGCUCAGUACAUUCAGCAGUAGCCCUGAUUUAGGUCUGUUUCCUGCUGUUCCCUGUUUCACUAGAACAGUUUCCGAUGGGGACAGCAGCUCUCAUGACUCCAGUAAGUCCUGCCUGAGUCUGAUUGCAGUGACCUUUCCUGUGUGUUGCCUGCCAGGCUCACUCUCCAUAAUGAGCCUAUUAGUUCUCUCUUUCCCACAAAACAGCAGUGGUGUGAACACAAUUUCCUGCUUCUGUCACUGCAGUGGUGUAGCAGCCCCUACAACCACAACUCUCUCUACCCACUUUUCCUUUGUGUCAUGAUUGAAGUAAAAUGUGUGGUUUGGGAAUAAGAUGCUGUUCUAAAAAUCUAAAACAUUACUGAGACUUUGUAGAUUGUAAGGAGUUCUUUCCUCUGAAGUCACAGCUUAAUCAUGUCCUGUCCCAGUUAGGGACAGACGGCUUGAUGCAUGUGGUUUGUGCACUGCCGUGUGCUGCUGCUGUUCUCUCAUAGCAGUGUGUCUCUGGACUGCAGCCCAGCGCAGUUCUCUCCACAGCUUGAAAUUCACCACGAGCAUCUGCUAUGUCACAGAGGCGUAACUAAUCCGGCCCUCUCUUUCUUGUAGGAUUGUGAAAAAAUCCGGAACUGAGGCGACUGAUGUUACUUUGUGUCAUGCCAAUGUCCUCCCUGUCUGGCUGCUGUGUUAAAUGAUUUUGCAAUCUCCUUCAAUUGUUCUAUUUGUUUCGCAGGGGAAGGAUUUGCCGAUUUCAAGUCUGUCAGCGUGGAUGAUGGCUUCACAGACUUUAAAACCGCCGACAGCAUCUCUCCACUAGACCCUCCAGACCAGGCCAAGAUGUUUCAGCCAGCCUUCUCUCCUGCUUUCCCUAACUCUCAGUCUCUACAUCAACAACAACCAGCAGUCUCUCUCUCUCAGCCUAAAAACCCUCUCAACAUGGCUGACCUGGAUCUCUUCUCCUCUAUGACUCCCUCAGCCCCCACCCCUGCUGAGACCAAGCCCAGUCCCUUCCCUUCUGUGCACCUCUCCCUAGUGCUCCCACCAGGUGGAGCCAAGCCCCUUGGGGGAGGGGCCGAGGACUUUGGCAACUUUGCCCUCUUUGGCCCCGCCUCAUCUUCUGAGGCUGCUCCUAUUGGCCCUGCUGUGGGAGGGGGCGUGGUAGCAUCUCAGGAUGACUUUGCAGACUUCAUGGCUUUCGGCAGCUCUGGGGCGGAGGCCAAGGGUGAGGGGUUGCGGUCUGUAGAGGGCAGGGCAGGGGGGAGAGGAGAGACCACCACUGCUCCGCAGGGCUCUGAAAAGUACGACGUGUUCAAGCAGCUGUCUCUGGAGGGAGGCCUGGCGUACGAUGACAACAAGGAGAGCGCCGGCUGCUCGUUCUCUUCCCUCAGGAGCGAAGCAGACGACUUCGCCGACUUCCAGUCGUCCAAGUUCUGCACGGCGCUGGGGGCCUCAGAGAAGAGCCUGGUGGAUAAGUUGGCAGCCUUCAAACAUGGAGGCAAGGAGGACUCGGCUUCAGUUAAGUCCCUAGACCUCCCAUCCAUCGGGGGCAGCAGCGUGGGCAAGGAGGACUCUGAGGAUGCUCUGUCAGUGCAGCUGGACAUGAAGCUGUCGGACAUGGGCGGAGACCUGAAGCAUGUGAUGUCAGACAGCUCUCUGGACCUGCCGGGCCUCUCAGCCCACCAACCCCCCGCCGCAGGUGAGGAACUAGUGCGCCUCCUCUGGUGAGGCCCCGCCCAGUCACACAUAGAGAACCAAUCGUAGGCCUGGCGGUGGCCUCUCUGUCUCCACCCCCCUCAGUGCCCGUUAGCGCCCACUAAACCAGGGGUUAGACUAGAGGGCAAAGCAGUGAGCUAGCUCAGCCAGAUAACUGAAUCAUGAUGAGACAGUCAAAUGCCUCACACUAUUAGCAUAUCAUCUCAUCACACCCAUCAGUCAUUCAUUCCCAAACCCAUCAUUACCUGGUUUUAAAUUCAGCAUAUUUAUUAACCUAAUAUUUAUUUAUUUAUUAUUUAUUUAUUUAUUAAACAUAUUAAGGUACUUUUGAUGAAUGUAUUAUUUAUUACUAAUUUGUUUAGCAUUUGUGUAGCACAGACAAAAAGCACUGGCCUCUCCACCUCCUCUUAGCUCCAUCCAUAUAGAGUUGAUGAGAGACAGAGUCAGGUUGAUGUGAUGCAGUCAGGCUGCUCUAUGAUACCACUGGCCUUCAUUCCCUGUCUGUGCUGUCAUAGCUCACAUCGCUCAUCUCCUCAAUACACCUUUUGUCUCCCCAGCCGUGAUUGUGUGUGUUGAGGGACGCAACUAAAAUGGCUGAAUGCAGAUGAAUGCAGGGCCAUGUAAUGGUGAUGGGCCUCUGUGCAGGAGAUUUUAUUGAUUCACAUCACUUUCAGAAUGCCCAGUUACUGUAUGCUGCAAUAGGCUUUACUUUUACUCAGAGCAAGCCAAAUUCUUCCUCAGAUUGAUUAUAUUAUGUUGACGCUUAAUGCUCCGUUAUCAAAUCAAACAUGAUGAUAAUAAGAGGCAUACAAGGGAAAUGUGUAAAGAUGUUCCCUGAACGUGGACACAGUGCAUUCGGAAAGUAUUCAGACCCCUUGACUUUUUCCACAUUUUGUUACGUUACAGCCUUAUUCUAAAAUUGAUUCAAUUAUUUUCCCCCCUCAUCAAUCUACACACAAUACCCCAUAAUGACAACACAAAACAGGUUUUUAGACAUUUUUGCAAAUGUAUAAAAAAUACAAAACUGAAAUAUCACAUUUACAUAAGUAUUCAGACUCUUUACUCAGUACUUUGUUGAAGCACUUUUGGCAGUGAUUACAGCCUCGAGUCUUCUUGGGUAUGACGCUACAAGCUUGGCACACCUGUAUUUGUGGAGUUUCACCCAUUCUUCUCUGCAGAUCCUCUCAAGCUCUGUCAGCUUGGAUGGGGAGUGUCGCUGCAUAGCUAUUUUCAGGUCUCUCUAGAGAUGUUCGAUCUGGUUCAAGUCCGGGCUCUGGCUGGGCCACUCAAGGACAUUCAGAGACUUGUCCCGAAGCCACUCCUGCAUUGUCUUGGCUGUGUGCUUAGGGUCGUUGUCUUGUUGGAAGGUGAACCUUCGUCCCAGUCUGAAGUCCUGAGCGCUAUGGAGCAGGCUUUCAUCAAGGAUCUCUCUGUACUUUGCUCCGUUCAUCUUUCCCUCGAUCAUUUACAUUUUUUACAUUUUAGUCAUUUAGCAGACACUCUUAUCCAGAGCGACUUACAGUUAGUGAGUGCAUACUUACAGUUAGUGACUUACAGAGCGACUUACAGUUAGUGGCCCCCCGUGGGAUUCUAACCCACAACCCUGGCGUUGCAAGCGCCAUGCUCUACCAACUGAGCUACACGGGACCGUUAGUCUCCCAGUCCCUGCCACUGAAAAACAUCCCCACAGCAUGAUGCUGCCACCACCAUGCUUCACCGUAUGGAUGGUGCUAGGUUUCCUCCAGACGUGACGCCAAAGAGUUCAAUCUUGGUUACAUCAGACCAGAGAAUCUUGUUUCUCAUGGUCUGAAAGUCCUUUUGGUGCCUUUUGGCAACUCCAAGCUGGCUGUCAUUUGCCAUUUACUGAGGAGUGGCUUCCGUCUGGCCACGCUACCACAAAGGCCUGAUUGGUGGAGUGCUGCAGAGAUGGUUGUCUUUCUGGAAGGUUCUCCCAUCUCCACAGACGAACUCUGGAGUUCUGUCAGAGUGACCAUCAGGUUCUUGGUCAUCUCCCCCGAUUGCUCAGUUUGGCCGGGCAGCCAGCUCUAGGAAGAGUCUUGGUGGUUCCAAACUUCUUCCAUUUAUAAAUGAUUGAGGCCACUGUGUUCUUGGGGACCUUCAAUGCUGCAGAAAUCUUUUGGUACCCUUCCCCAGAUCUGUGCCUCGACACAAUCCUGUCUCGGAGCUCUACGGACAAUUCCUUCGACCUCAUGGCUUGAUUUUUGCUCUUACAUGCGCUGUCAACUGUGGGACCUUAUAUAGACAGUUGUGUGCCUUCCCAAAUCAUGUCCAAUCAAUUGAAUUUACCACACUUGGACUCCAAUCAAGUUGUAAAAACAUCUCAAGCAUGACCAAUGGAAACAGGAUGCACCUGAGCUCAAUUUCGAUUCUCAUAGCAAUGAGUCUGAAUACUUAUGUUUUUUAGUUUUUUUAAUUUGCGAAAUUUCUAAAAACCUGUUUUCGCUUUGUCAUUAUGGGAUAUUGUUUGUAGAUUGAUGAGGGAAAAAAUAAUGUAAUCAGUUUUAGAAUAAGGCUGUAACGUAACAAAAUGUGGAAAAGGGGAAGGGGUCUGAAUACUUUCUGAAUGCACUGUACUUAAGUAUUAUGUGAAAAUAAAGUACUUAUGAAAAGGCAGAAAGUAUUUAUGAAUGGCAGAAAUCACCUUACCUCUACAGUUGAUCAUAUUGCAUUGAGUAAAUUGUUUUGAUUGCUCGUUGUGUGUUGGUAUGUGUGAGUGUGAUUGCUUGGUUGUGUUUUGUAUGUGUACGAGUGAGUUUUCCUACUGUGUGUGAGUACCCAUAUAGUAUUCCUUGGCACUCCCAGUGUUGGGUAUCAAUCUCCCAUAGUGCUUUUGCUCCAUCUCCCUAAACCUAAGUGGUCUCUUGGCCUUGACCCCACAAAGCCCACAUCACUACAAAGAGAUCAAAGGUUAGCGGAGCAGACAGUGGACUGAACCUCUAAAUGAAAACACUGUCAUGGAAUCUAAUUUGCCUUAAUGUCCAGGCAUUGUCCAUAUCAACACCCUCUCCUCUCCCCUCCCAUGAUCAUAAUUAAUUUACCAAGCAUCUCGUCUUCCAUGUCAUGUCUCAUAUUCCUCAGAGUACAUUCAAGGUCUCUCCUUACAGCCUCUGUGUGUGAGCAGCACACUCCUUUUAACACCCAUGUGCUUAUCUAUUGGCAUGAGUGUGCAGUGAGAUGUCCUUAUAGACUAUAAUAUUUCAACACUAGCCAACCUAUCAGUUUAUUUGUUUUAGCAGUUUGGGCAAAGACGCAUGUCAAUCAAGUUCCGUCUACGAAUUGACCAUUUUAGUUAUUCUAAAUCGGAAAUGAUCAAUGUUAUGAUGCCCAUUUCUUUGUUUCAAUUUUAUUGCACAUCAGAAUAAAUCAACUUUCAGUUUAACAGAAAUUGUUAGGCUACUCUCGAAGGAGAGAGUAGGACAAUGACCAAUGGCAACUGAUCCCGGAGCUGCAACAAAAUGUUUGCCGUUAAUAUGAUGGAGAUAGUGUAGUGGAGCGUUGAAAACAUUCCCCAGAAACCUGUUAAUUGCUGCUCUAUUUUAUUCUGGCCCAUGUUCAUCCAAUCAGGAUUUUUGUUUUUGGACAGCACCAAUCAAAUCUCAUCUUUAAGAAAGUGUACAGUAGCAGGCCUUGGAGUGUGAAAGCCUCACCAUGCUUGUGCUGUGUUCAAUCCUGGAUAUAAUGUAACCAACCUUAAAGAGACAGUAUCUCUUUUCCCUGACCGGGGCUCCUUUGGGUCAGAGCAGCUCAAAAGGAAGCCUGUUCGUUUGUCUUUGAUAUUCAGGUAUGUUUUUUUAUGUGUGGGUCCAUGAACAGGCUCUCUGAGAACACACUGAAGUUAGUGAUACCCUCCCUGCCUUGCUGUUUUUCUGCGGUGUGCCUGCCUGUUCAAUUUGUGAAAUUGACAAGAACAUAUUAUUAUAGGAUGCCAUUUUUCUGCAUAACAGUAUUACUAGUUGUUUUUAUCAAAGGAAAGAAAAAAAGACUAAAUGUAUACAGAUUUAAUAGUGUAUUUUUAUUACAGGAAAAUGAAUUCUUAUUUAUUUUCAAACUAGAUCGACUUCCUGAUAUUGUUUUAAACUAUGUGUUAUGUAAACUAUUUGAAGAUUAAAUGUACUUAUGCGGAUAGGCUAGUUAUGGAAAAUAUUUCAGAUCAAAGAUUGAUUGUUGUCUUGAGAAACCCUAUCUUGCUGUUAGUUAUUGAAUGGGUCCUAUUAAGAGCUUGUACACCGGAGCCUAGAACUAACAGGUAGCAAGAGAAAAAUGAUACUGUCUCUUUAAAUCUAUUUUGUCACCUGUGAUUGGACAAGAUGAAGAUCCUCUCUAAGGUCUUGUGGUAAGAUAGCCCACUUUGUUUCUUUAACCCUUUGAGAGCUUGAGCAGACUGGUUUUAUGAAGAAUCAUACAGAAAACACAAAUGGAGAGAAAUGUAGUAUGAUCGCUUGACAAGUUUACAUACAUGUGCUAAACAAUGGAUUUGGUGAUCCAUACCUCUCCUCCAAAUUCUCAGAAAUAGAAUGUAAGGCAAUGUAAUGCCUCUGAGUCCUAUUGGAUGUAGUAGAUGUAUAAAUAUAUCCUAUUUAUAUAAUGUUGACAUUAUGUCAUUGUAGUAGGACACAAACAGUUUUGAUUUAAAAAUGACAAAACCGUUAUUUUAUCUCAAAAGUCUGCUGUUGACAUUUGAGUUUGAGUUUUCUGGCGAGAAUAGUAGAGAAGCGUUCAGGUCUUCAAAGGGUUAAUCACUCUCCUGCCUUGAACCUGUCCUUUAAAUCACCUUGGCUUUUCAAGUGUUCUAUAUUCAAUUAUCUUUCAAUCAAUCAACCUGUUGCUUUCCACCUUAUUAGUACAACUACAGUGUGUCUUCUUCUACAAAGAUUUACUCAUUUUAGUCUGUGAAUGUGCCUUCUCAUUCUGGUUUCUGCAUCUAUAUUCUUCUGGGGUUUUCUUUCUUUUACCGUUUUCUCUGUUUGUUUUUCUUCUCUUAUUUUCUGACUCUGCAUGCCCUUGUAUUCUAAAUGAUUAAAAUAUACUUUUACAAGUGUUAGUUUGGCAAACCUCUUGUAACAGUAGACCUCUCUCAGAGUAUUUUGUGAUCUUUCUCUCUCUCUUUACCCAUGUUGUCAUAAUAAAUAUUACUAUUGGUAUUGCUGAAAUGCGUACCGUCUUAUUUUCUCCCUUCCCUAUCCUCAGAGGGCAGAUUAUGAUCUAGCUACAUUAGGCUUACUACUACACUAGCUCCUUGUCAAUUUCACAAAUUGCGUUUUUGUGUGCAAGGGUUCUGUCACGCAUUAGGCUACGCUGACUGGGGUCCACACGUGCCUGCAGGUUAUACUGCAUCUUAGAAGGAGUGUGUAUCUCUGAGUGUUUGUGUGUGUGACUGUGUGAGUACUUGUUUAUGUUACCGGUAAUCAUAUGAUUCCUUACUGAUAUGUUAUGAAUUGAACAGUGUUCUGCUUGUACAACACAGUUUGUGGGAUAGAUAAUCAAUACAGAGAAAGAACUGCUCCACUCCACUACUGACGUUGCCAUGGCAAUCUGUCAUGAAACAGAUAUCAUUUUGUAUCAUGUUAGCAGAACAGUCUGCUUCUAAUAGUUUGUGCUACGGUAUUGUCACACACCUAGAGAAAACAGUAGAGAGGUGUUCUACAGCAGGGCCUUAUGUCCUAUCCUUUCUUAUCUAUAUCAGAACUGUCAGAUCUCCAAUCUACCUCACAGCCCCAGCAGCCAACCCUGACAGGACGUCUAUUUCCUUUGCAUCAGCGGACAGCUAACACAACCCUUGGUUAAUUUAUGCUAGCAGAUACCCAUAGACUUCCAGUCAUUGCGCUAACGCUAGUUAGCAUUGGCUCACAAAACUAGCUCUAACUUCCUUCAUACUGGACACAGACACAUAAAAAUGGUAUCCACAAGUUCACCUGAUUCUGGGGAAGUAGAUAAUGGGCCUCGUUGCCAAAAUCCUGAAGUAUCCCUUUAACCUAAACCUGUUGGUAUUAUCAAAACUAAUAUUUCACUGUCUGUAUUUGUAUGUGAGCAACGAGUGUAUGUUGUACCCCUAUAUUAUCUGUCGUCUAUGUCAGCUGUUGGAAAUAGACUGGUGAAGAAACAUAUGUUUAGAACACAAUCGAUUUCAGCUUUUUAUCCCUCCUUUAAGCUGGUGACCACACCCUAGUAAGUGAACCCUUACACACAUUAGAGUGCAGCACAUGAUUAAAUGCAGUGCAUAUGAUCUCACUGUUACAAUGUAGGGGAGAUGGGGUGGUACUCUGAGCAAAGUAAAGCUGCUUGUUGUAAGUCAACACACAUUCAGCAUCAGAAACAGAAUAUGGCUUCCACAGUAAGUAUUUUUCAUAUAACAUAUCAUAGCUUCGCCAGAUGCCUUUUCACUUUAUCAUGGCUGACAGACUAGUAAAUAUCAUUUCAGCACCCUAUGCUUUUCCCACUUAGAGCUACCAGUGUGUAUUUUGUGUUGUCAUUACAGAAGGAGACGACAUGAAGUUUGACCCCUUCGGAACGUCAGCAGUCAGCAGCCUGGCCAGCUAUGAUUGGUCAGACAGAGAGGAAUGCCUGUCCGCUCAAGGUCAGGCCAAGAAGCAUCUGGGCCUGGACGGUGUUGGUGUUUCCUCCUCUCUCCCCUCCUUAGACGUAGUCCACAGGAAAGAGAUGUCGUUCGGCAGCACAGAGAACAUCCCCAUCACACACACCUCCCAGACUAAGAUCACCACCUUCUCAACAGAGGAUAGUGUGUCGACCGACAGCAAGUUUGAGGCCUUCGCUGACUUUGGCACUUGUGAGCCGGGAGGUUUGGGUGGGGAUGAGGAUGAUGACUUUGGGGACUUUGCCAGCACGGUGUCGGAGAAGUCGGAUUCCCCCGCGGCAGUGGCCGAGCUGGGCUCCGAGGGGAACCUGAACGAGGCCUUGGAUGAGUUCGGGGUCUUUCAGAGGGACAAGGCCAAGUUUGGGAAGUCUGACUUUCUGAAGGCCAGCUCUCAGACCAAGGUCAAGUCCAGUGAAGAGAUGAUCAAGAGCGAACUUGCCACCUUUGACCUCUCUGUACAAGGUGAGUCAUCUGACCUGUACUCGCUCUUAUUUUCGAAAGUCAACUGAUAAGUAGAUAAAUUGCGUCCAGUUACUCCAUGCCUUCUAGUUCUGAUGUAGUGGCGUGAAUCAGAUCAGCUGGCCCUGAUGUGACAUAGCAGGACUUUCAUCACCUCAUAUUGGAGCAUCUGUGGCCCCUCAGGCAGCUCAGUGCAGUUCCAAUGUCAGACAAUAGAUGGCAGAGUUGUGACUACAGCCCAGAGACUAUAAAACACAUCCUUGGUACACAACACAGGCAGAUGAGAUGAAUUAACAACACAGCCCAGAAAAUCCAUGCCCAGACUAAAUUAACCGUAUUCACUCCGUGGGUGUUAAUUUUUUACUGCCGUUUUCCGGUGUUAUGUUUCACGCAUAGUUAAUUAGCGAUUCUUACCUCCAAAGUGAUAAAAGCUAAUUUGCCUCAAUGAUUUCUUGCCCAGUGUUAAACUUUAUUAGUUUUUCUUGUUAUUCCCCUGUCCUUAUUGAAUGGUAAUCUGAUCAGUGUGGUGUAAUGAGGGAAUGUAUUAGUGCUAUCAUGCUGUGGGGAGGGUGAUGCAUGUCUACGCAGGGGGUGAUAACCUGGUUCACACACACACACACACACACACACACACACACACACACACACACACACACACACACACACCACAGACACAGACAGACAGACAGAGCCCCUGUGGAAUAGUUUGGGCUCAGCAUGUGACUGUGUGUUUGUCUUUUUUAAUGUGUCUGUCUGUUUUCAUGUUUGUGUGUGUGUGUCUGUCUGUUCUUUCUGUGUGUGUCUGUCUGUUCUUUCUGUGUGUAUCUGUCUGUUCUUUCUGUGUGUGUCUGUCUGUUCUUUCUGUGUGUAUCUGUCUGUUCUUUCUGUGUGUGUCUGUCUGUUCUUUCUGUGUGUAUCUGUCUGUUCUUUCUGUGUGUAUCUGUCUGUUCUUUCUGUGUGUGUCUGUCUGUGUUGAGUGAGUGAGCCCUCAUGAAUUAUUCAUACUUGCGUUGCUUGCCGUGGCGCUAUUUUGUACAUAAUUAUCAUCUGUUGUAAAUGAAGUGUUUGUCGUCUGUGUCCUUGUCCGGAAGGAAUUAGCCACAACAGAAUAUGAGCUCAGUAAAAAGUCCCAAUUAUGCCAUAGUAAACAAACAGGUGCAUAUCUGGAAUUAGCCAACAUAUCUGGGUUAGUAGAAGUGGCCAUUAAAAGGGAAUUUGUAUGUAUGACAGACAUUGCCUGUAUAUACUAUUUAUGUACGUAUAAAGACACUCUCUCCUCUUCUCCUUGUCUCAGGCUCCCACAAGCGUAGCCACAGUUUGGGGGAGAAGGAGAUUGGGCGCUCGCCCCCCUCCCCGGCCCCGGAGCAGCCCUUCAGAGACCGCUCCAACACCCUGAGUGAGAAGAAGCCUGCCCUGCCCGUCAUCAGAGACAAGUACAAGGACCUGACUGGGGAGGUGGAGGUGAGACCCACACAGAGUCACUCUAUCCCAGACAUGUUAACUACCCUUGCCAGUUAUCCAGAUGCUCUGUAGAGUGUUUAGAAAUUCAGUAGACAUUAGUCCUAAAUAUUUCAAAAACGAAAAGCAUUGUAUGUGGGACAAAUCAUUCACAAAACCCUAAACCUCAACUAAAUCUUGUAAUAAAUAAUGUGGAAAUUGAGCAAGUUGAGGUGACUAAACUGCUUGGAGUAACCCUGGAUUGUAAACUGUUAUGGUCAAAAUAUAUUGGUACAACAGUAGCUAAGAUGGGGAGAAGUCUGUCCAUAAUAGAGCGCUGCUCUACCUUCUUAACAGCACUAUCAACAAGGCAGGUCCUACAGGCUCUAGUUUUGUCGCACCUGGACUAAUGUUCAGUCGUGUGGUAAGGUGUCACAAAAAGGGACUUAGGAAAAUUGCAAUUGGCUCAGAACAGGACAGCACGGCUGGCCCUUGGAUGUACUCUGAGAGCUAACAUUAAUAAUAUGCAUGUCAAUUUCUCCUGGCUCAAAGUAGAGGAGAGAUUGACUUCAUCACUACUUGUAUUUGUGAGAGGUAUUGACAUGUUAAAAGCACUGAGCUGUCUGUUUAAACGACUAGCACACAGCUCAGACACCCAUGCAUACCCCACAUGACAUGCCACCAGAGGUCUCUUCACAGUCCCCAAGUCCAGAACAGACUAUUGGAGGUGCACAGUACUACAUAGAGCCAUGACUACAUGGAACUCUGUUCCACAUCAGGUAACUGAUGCAAGCAGUAGAAUCAGAUAAAAUAAAAAAAACAGAUAGAAAUACACCUUAUGAAACAGCGGGGACUGUGAAGCAACACAAACAUAGGCACAGACACAUGCAUUCACACAUGGAUUUUGUGUGGUAGAUAUGUGGUAGUGGAGUAUGGGCCUGAGGGCACACACUUAGUGUGUUGUGAAUUCUGUAAUGAAUGUAUUGUAAUGUUUUUAAAAAUGUAUAAUUGCCAUAAUUUUGCUGGACCCCAGGAAGAUGGGGAUCCAUAAUAAAUACACAUUUCAGUAGCAAACCACAGAGGCUUUGGCCUUAAGUUGAUUAGGUUAUUUUGUCUUUUUGUAAGUGUCUUUAUGGAAAUGUAUAAAUGUCUUCUCAUAUAUCUGAACUCAUUCUAACAUCUACAGUAUGUUGUUUCAGGAGAGUGAGCGCUAUGCAUAUGAGUGGCAGAGGUGUCUGGAGAGUGCUCUACAGGUAAGAUACUGUACAGGACUGUUCCCCCUCUCCUGUUUUGCUAUAUCCACCCUUGUGCGUGUGUUUGUGUGUGCAGCGUGUAACCCUAACCCACUCUGCUGUCUGUCUCUGUCCCCAGGUCAUCACUAAAGCCAACAACACCCUGAACAGCAUCAGCAGCUCUACUGUUUGCACUGAGGUCAUCCAGUCUGCUCAGGGCAUGGAGUACCUACUGGGUGAGAUACAGUGUCUCCUUUUAAUGAGUGGUGAGAGUGGCGCAGACACACUUGCCUUUGUGAGGGGCUGAGAACAGAACACAGUGUACCACAAUUGCUGAGAGUCUUCUUCCAAAAACAGACCAUUAUAAACCUUUGAGCUCUCCACCUCAACGGAGAACAACAACUCUAUCAAUAACCAUUCCAUGUUUAAAUCUUCAAUCAUUCCAUGUUAAACAUUCAACCUCCAAUCACCAUUCCAUGUUAACCCUUCAAUCCCUAGGGAGGGAAGUGUAGUGUUACAGCCAACAUUAUGUCAGUUUGGUCUAAUGAUCCAUCUUCAGAGAAGGUUUCAACAUAGGGGAGUGUAGACAUGUUAGCUGUUUUCCUGGAAGUGUUUUUCAUUGUCCCUGUUGUAUUUCUCACUGUCUAACCUUGGCUUAUGUGGGAGAGAACUGGGAGCAGGUGUGUUAAGGUUGUGUGUUAAUGUCUACAAUGUAUUCGGAAAGUAUUCAGACCUCUUGACUUUUUCCACAUUUUGUUACAUUACAGCCUUAUUCUAAAAUUGAUUAAAUUUGUAUUUUUCCUCAUCAAUCUAAACACAAUACCCCAUAAUGACAAAGCAAAAAUAGGUUUUUAGAAAUUCUAGCAAAUUGAUAAAAAUAAAUAAAUAAAUAACGGAAAUAUCACAUUUACAUAAGUAUUCAGACCCUUUACUCAGUACUUUGUUGAAGCACCUUUGGUAGCGAUUACAGCCUUGAGUCUUCUUGGGUAUGACGCUACAAGCUUGGCACACCUGUAUUUGGGGAGUUUCUCCCAUUCUUCUCUGCAGAUCCUCUCAAGCUCUGUCAGGUUGGAUGGGGAACGUUGCUGCACAGCUAUUUUCAGGUCUCUCCAGAGAUGUUAAAUCGGGUUCAAGUCCGGGCUCUGGCUGGGCCACUCAAGGACAUUCAGAGACCUGUCCCGAAGCCACUCCUGCGUUGUCUUGGCUGUGUGCUUAGGGUCAUUGUCCUGUUUUCAUCAAGGAUCUCUCUCUGUACGUUGCUCCGUUCAUCUUUCCCUCGAUCCUGACUAGUCUCCCAGUCCCUGCCGCUGAAAAACAUCCCCACAGCAUGAUGCUGCCACCACCAUGCUUCACCGUAGGGAUGGUGCCAGGUUUCCUCCAGACAUGACUCUUGGCAUUCAGGCCAAAGAGUUCAAUCUUGGUUUCAUCAUGCCAGAGAAUCUUGUUUCUCAUGGUCUGAGAGUCCUUUAGGUGCCUUUUGGCAAACUCCAAGCAGGCUGUCAUGUGCCUUUUACUGAGGAGUGGCUUCCGUCUGGCCACUCUACCAUAAAGGCCUGAUUGGUGGAGUGCUGCAGAGAUGGUUGUCCUUCUGGAAGGUUUUCCCAUCUCCACAGAGGAACUCUGGAGCUCUGUCAGAGUGCCCAUCCGGUUCUUGGUCACCUCCCUGACCAAGGCCCUUCUCCCCCAAUUGCUCAGUUUGGCCGGGCGGCCAGCUCUAGGAAGAGUCUUGGUGGUUCCUAACUUCUUCCAUUUAAGAAUGAUGGAGGCCACUGUGUUCUUGGGGACCUUCCAUGCUGCAGACAUUUUUUGGUACCCUUCCCCAGAUCUGUGCCUCGACACAAUCCUGUCUCGGAGCUCUACGGACAAUUCCUUCGACCUCAUGGCUUGGUUUUUGCUUUGACAUGCACUGUCAACUGUGGGACCUUAUAUAGACAGAUGUGUGCCUUUCCAAAUCAUGUCCAAUCAAUUGAAUUUACCACUGGUGGACUCCAGUAAAGUUGUAGAAACAUGUCAAGGAUGAUCAAUGGAAACAGGAUGCACCUGAGCUCAAUUUCGAGUCUCAAAGCAAAGGGUCUGAAUACUUAUGUAAAUAAGGUAUUUCUGUUUUUAAUUUUUAAUACAUUUGUUAAAAUGUCUAAAAACCUGUUUUCGCUUUGUCAUUAUGGGGUAUUGUGUGUAGAUUGAUGAGAUUUUUAUUUAUUUAAUCAAUUUCACAAUAAAGCUGUAAUGUAACAAAUGGUGGAAAAAGUCAAGGGGUCUGAAUACUUUCUGAAGGCACUGUAAGUGUGUGUGUUUAUGUGGCAGGUGUGGUGGAGGUAUACCGCGUGACCAAGCGUGUGGAGCUGGGUAUCAAGGCCACGGCCGUGUGUUCUGAGAAGCUACAGCAGCUGCUGAAGGACAUCAGCCACGUGUGGAACAACCUCAUGGGCUUCAUGUCCCUGGCCAACCUGGCGGUAAGAAACACACACACACACACACACACACACACACACAGACCCAGACACACACACGCACGCACAGACACAGACUCACACACACAGUACAGUCAACACAAACACACACACACACACAGACCUCCCUUCCUCCAAUGCAGUGGGUUUGGCUUCACACAGACCUGAGAAAUUGACACUUGAUUGUAACAACUUUGUCUAGAAAGUGUUCCUGAUUAAAUGUUGAGUGGAUAAAGACUCAUGCCUAAUAGGAUAGUCAAUGAAACCUUGAAAGUGUACUAAACCAAACCCUAGGGUGGUAUCUGUUAGUGUGUAGCAGUCUGUUGUAGGCUGUAGGGAUGUAUGGAGAUCAGAGGCCAAGAGGAGAUGUGCUGGCCUUAUCCCUUACAGCCUCACGAAGAACAUUGCUUCUCAAAUGCCAGCAGAUAAUACAGGACGCCAUCUCCUGACUCAAGAUAAUGUCAGUACAGAAAGAGAGAGAAUUACUGGAGCGGAGAGAGAGGUAGAGGGAGAUGGAGUCAGUCAGUCAGUGAGUGAGUGAGUAGUAAUGCUACGUUAUCUCAGACCGUAGACCUGCAGCUGCUUUCUGAUUCUGCAGGCACGCACGGGGCACUCUCACUUGUUCAUCUCUGCUGCCAACAGACUAAUGGAUUGUAUUGACAUAUUUCUACUUCAGUUAAUUUAGCUGGUUAAUGAAUUAAUAGAGAAAUGUGUAUUCCUUAGAGCUAGUGUUCUGUAGCUCAGUGUUGGAGAGAAAGCUGUUACAGUGGUCUGUAUCCAGGUAUUGUAAACCAGGUCGUUCGAGCACUGAAUGCAUUGCGUCGUGCCUAAGAACAGCCCUUAGCCAAUUUCGUGAUAUCCAAUUGGUAGUUACAGUCUUGUCCCAUCAUUGCAACUCGCGUGCGGACUCGGGAGAGGCGAAGGUCGAGAGCCAUGCGUCCUUCGAAACACGACCCCGCCAAGCCUCACUGCUUCUUGACACACUGCUCACUUAACUCGGAAGCCAGCCACACCAAUGUGUUGGAGGAAACACUGUACAACUGGUGACCGAAGUCAGCGUGCAUGCGCCCGGCCAGCCACAAGGAGUUGCUAGAGCACGAUGAGACAAGGACAUCCUUGUCCCAUCGCUGGGCCAAUUGUGCGCCGCCUCAUGGGUCUCCCGCCACUCGGGAGAACUGUGUGUGUAAUGUUAUGCUGUGUGUUUCUCUGUACAGCCUGAUGAGAGCUCUCUGGACUUCUCCUCCUGUAUCCUGAGACACGGCAUCAAGAACGCCAAGGAGCUGGCCUGUGGGGUGUGCCUGCUCAAUGUGGACUCACGCAGCAAGGUCUACACACACACACACACACACACUCUCAUGUACAGACACACACUUGCGCACACACAACAACACAUAUAAGCAUACAGUAAUUCUCAGUCAACACACAAUAACGAUUGCCAACCAACACACCCGCAAUCCCUCAACAGAUGGACCCAACAACUGUUGAAACAUUUGAUUACAAAUACGUUCCAACAGAUUUCUGAAGUUGACUAAACCAUGAAUCAUUUUGCCAUUUCUUUUAGAGCUGUUUUUAAGCUAGUGGUUGACGCAUAAUAACUAAAUGAUCGUUUCUUUGACUUUGAACAUUUUGCAGAGCAAAGAAGAGACAACUAUUGGACGUCUGUUUAAAAGAGUAUGAGGCAGUGAACUGUCAACUGAAUCUCAUUUCACUCUCUCCUACUGGGGGCCUGGGGGCCAAAUUCUCUGCUGAUAGACAGAUGAUGGGGUGCCAAAUUGACAGCACACUCUUCUCCUCACAGCUCCCUCCCUUCACACUGACUGCAUCCCAAAAGACACAAUGGGCCCUGGUCAAAACUAGUGCACUAUAUAGGGAAUAGAGUGCUAUUUGAUACGCUGCCAGUGCCGACAGCAGUAGCACUGUGUUCAUGCACAGAUGGGUUAGAAGUGACCAGGCAAUCCUAUUUCACCAAAUUCUCCAAUAUUAUUUUAGGUCAUCUUCACUUAUGAGUCUUAGAAUAUGAUGAUAAAAUGAUAACCGUUAAGAUGAUAACUCUUCAGGAAGGGAGAGAAGGAGGAAAAAUAGGGAGAUAAAAAGAGAGUUGGAGGAGACAGACAGACAGACAGACAGACAGAUAGGAUGUGAGAGGAGUAAAGUUGUUCUUUUGGCACCUCUGGUUGGGCUGAGGGAAUUGUGGGAAGGUUUCUGGAGGGUCAUUGAAGCAUGCAGCUUUACUCUGACAAUAACAAGCUUGUAGCUCAACCUUCAUCUGACGGUCACCUUUCACUUCACCUCUUACCAGCUACUAACAACAAGUCUAUACAAUACUUAUCCAUAUCUGUGUGUUCAUUUGUGACUUCAUUUGAGUUCUGCUAUGGCUUAAGAUGUGUUUGUGACACUUUCUUUUCCACUUGUCAAACCCUGAUCAUCAGUAACUAUCUGUCAUUUUGGGGACCAUUAAUAUUAUUGUUUGACUUAAUUGUUUCUUGCUGUGUUCCCCUGCAUCAUUUAGCCAGAGAUAGAUUGAUGAGGAUGGCUGAGAGGGAUGUGAUUCUGGAGUCUGGACUGAGUUUAGAUGCAUCAGAUCAGUCAGGAGCUGGGAGCGCAGGUGCUAAGAAAUCUGCUGAGGGUUAUAGGGUAUUUCUCUAUCUUUCUUUCUCUCUCGCGCUUUCUCUAUCUUUCUGUUUCUCUAUCUUUCUCUCUCACACACCUACUCUCUCUCUGUGUUUCUCUCGCUUUGUGUUUAUCUCUCUCUUUCUCUCUCUUUCGUGUGGAGUGAGUCAGGCUGAAUAAUAGUUUUAUUCAGCAUGCCCCUUUUAAUUACAUUUUUGUUCAGAGGAGCAUUUGUAAGAAAGCAUAAAAGCCAAACAGAGAAUAACAUCCCCUCAGAGAAUAAUGAAAUCACAGAAAGCGUUUUAAUACAGAAGCUGAUAAUAGUAUUGUCUUUCAGAGUACAGGUAGGUUCUGUCUGUAGGUGUGUGGUGAUGAUGGCAUCGCUUGCAUAAUAUUAUGUUGGGCACCAUUGAGAGACUGGAGCUAGGUUGUUGGUCUUUGAGACUGCUGACUCGGGUCUGUGUUUUAUCUUAUCCAAUGGAGAUCUGUCUCCAUGUUCUUCAUCCAAUCAUCCUCAUACGUUGAGUCAGGGAUGGGCAACAGAAACAUGUAGCCUGGUAGCAGAUCAGUCUGGGUUUUAGCCUCUGUUGUGCUUGUUGUCAUGUCAAACAUGUAUGGCAUGACAACGAAUGACAAGGGAGUUGGUUAAAGCACAUACAGAUCUGCUAUCAGGCUAAGCAACAGGUAGCAUCUAAACAUAGUUUGUUACUUGGAGACUGCAACAAGCUAUAAACUCUCUGAGUGAUAAUUUGAGUUUAAUGAAGUAUUGCUAUUUUUGCUCAAUGAUAAAUGCAAAUUAUUUCCAGAGAAUUUUUUCCCAAUAAUAAUUUAUGCAGUAGGAUGCAUUAUUAUUCAUAAAUGUCAGAUUCUGAAAUAUACUGUACCUCCAGUAUUUGAAGUUAUUUUUCAGUUUGUGUAAUUUGGUUAUGACUUUCUCUGGAAAAUAAAUGUAUUUGGCAGUGGCUGCCUAAUUCCAUGGGUUUGCAUACUGCAUAGUAUUUAUCUCAAAUCUAUUGCAGAGUCUGGAAUCUUGCCCAUCCCUGUUUGAAAGAUGCCCAUCCCUGUUUGAUGUUUAUUGGAAAAUUAGAUGGAUGAUCGUAGGGUGGUACUUUAGAUUCUUUCACUUUGGGGCUCUUGGAAUGUUCUGGAGACGGGUUGCUCUUUCAGUUCCUUUGGUGUACCAACAUUCCGUACGUACUGACGGACUGAUCCUCAGUUACUGUACAGUUUCAGUUUGCUUACUCAGGACAAUGCAUGAAACCAGGAAAAUGCUGACACCUCUUGUGCUACUUACAGGCACUGGCUAAAGACCAUGACAGGAGGUUAAGGGUAAGGGUAUGCUUCACUUAUUUUUGCCUCUUAAGCAGCAGUAGACUGUAGCUUCCUGCUUUAGGCAUGGUGCCCCUUGCAUUAACAGGUGGCAUUUCUAGUCUGUAGCUCUGUAGCACCAUGAGCAGCACUGUCCUCUUGGUUUCCUAAUGGAGGGUUAUUAACCUUUAGAUUACAGUUAGAAAGGUCACCUAGGAUUAAUCAUGCUGACCUUUCAUUUUUGUUUUAUUCCUCCAUCUGUUUUCAAAUGGUCAAACUCUCCCAAACAUAUCCUCUAUCCAGCACUUUCUAGUUAUGUUAUGACUCUCCACAUUAUGUAUGUUGGCACAAUCAUGUUUGAUGGGUAAAUUGCACAUAAUUACGGUUAUGCAGGCAAGGAGUGGGGAGGUGGAGGUGAGGGAGAGGAGGAGGAGAGGAGUGGGAUUGAAGAAGAGAGAGGAGAAGGAGACUAGGGGUUAUGCCUUUGUGUUCUCCUCUUUCUUUUCUCUCUCUCUCUCUCUCUCUCUCUCUCUCUCUCUCUCUCUCUCCAACAUUCCACGCUUUGGCAGGCAGGCUAAAUGCAGGUCUGAGAAAAGAAGUAGGAGGAGGCACAGAAGACGGAACGACAGUACAUUGUGUCUGUGAAACCUGAGUGUGUGAGAAAAGGAGUGUGUGAGUGUGUGUGAGAAAGGCAACCGGUGUGCACAGCAUAGUAAAUGUACUGUAAACGGUUUGUGAGCAGGUGUACAGGUAUGAGUACACUGUAUGGUGUGUGUGUUUCUAGGUUGUUGUAUAUGCAAUCUGUCUGUGGGAGGAUAUGAUUAAUCACAGAUGACUUAUUUAUCUUUGUUGCUUUAGUUUUGACAUUUCACCAGGGAUGAAAACUCUUAAACCGCACAACACACACAUUAGCAUCUCCUCCUUAUCACCAACCUGCUGCUACAGCUGGGCUCAUCUAAAUGCAAGCUCACAUAACAGCUCUCUGCCCCUCUCAGUUCACUAAGUUUAUUUUCUCAACGGCUGUAGUCAGAUGUUAUGUGGGAGUGCCAUUCAGCUAUCUCAAUAUAUUCAACUAACUGUCAGGAGGACAGGCAAUGAGCAACAGUCUUAUUGAUCAGUAAACAGAUGUGCCAAACAUGAGUCAUAUUUUCAAAGGAUCAGUUUUCAUUGACCCCUUGUUUGUGUGCCACAGUAGAGAUACUGUAUGCAGGUUAAGCUACCCACAAAUCCCUGCUUCUAGCGUUACUCUCAUAGAUUAAUUAUUUUGUUACUGUUGAUCGUUGAUUUAUCUUUACCACUGAUUUCUAUUUGUUAGCCUGAGCUACUGCCAAGUUCAUCUGUUUAUUAACUAUUCAGUAGAACCUUGUUGUCCUAACAUCACCCCCGUUUCUCUCUUAUUUGACCUUUCCGCCAGGCUUUCAACUCAGAGACGGACAACUUCAAGCUGCCGUACGGGGGCCACCAGUACCACGCCAGCUGUGCCAAUUUCUGGAUUAACUGCGUGGAGCCCAAACCACCGGGCCUCAUUCUGCCCGACCUGCUCUGAACUGCAGACACCGCUGCCAUGGCAACGGGCACCAGGUAAUCAACACCGGCAAGGUGCAACAGCCGGACUCUCUGCCGUACACCUCACGGCCUCUCACCUUGGGCUGCAAGUGCAGAGAUCACAGAGAGAGAACUCAGAAGUCACUGGAAUCCUCUUUAUUUAUUAGCCUUUUAUUCUCUCUCUUUCUUUCUCUCUCAGAGGUUCUCUCUGUGCUCUUUGCGGAGGUGAAGAAGUGCAAAUCUGCUAGUUUGUACAAAUUCAAAGCUUGGCACUGUAAAGCCUAUUCUGUAUCAUAAUGUAUUGUGAAAUUAUACUUCAUGAAUGGUCUCAUUUUGUCUAUUUUUUUGUUUGACUUUGUCUGGUCUCAUAUACAGUAGAAUGCAAUAGAAGUUACAAGUUGGCCUUUUAGCAUUGAUGCUUAUGCGACUUCUCUGGCAGGCUUGAUUUAUUUCGUCAAACAGUAUUCAGAUAAUUAACCAAUGUUGUGCUACGGUAACCCAAAGGAGGUCUAGUCCCUAUGUCAGAGCAGGAGAAAAUUUGGAAAGUUUUAUGAAUAGGGUAAUGGGUCUCUCAACACUUUCUGUAAUGCACUCUUUCUGUGACUCAACAAGUCCAUAACAAACGAUAAAAAAUUUGCAAUAUACUAGUAACGAAGGAACUUGGAGACAAACUGAGAUGUAAAGCUAUUUGUCGUUUCCCUCACUUGUUGCUUUGUUACUCUUUAAUGCUUGAGCUCAGCAAAGAAAGAGGGACUUUGUUGGUUUCAGUCUUAAAGUAGUAUUUUCUCCUCUCUGUUCUCUAAUCAGGGAUGUGGUAUCAUCACACUGCUGGAACUGAAUCAAUUUGACGGUCGGGUCUCUAAAAGGAUAGUCUGUGGUUGCUAACAUUUUAAUUGAUAUUUAUCUUUUUAAAUAUUGUGUGACAUUUAAAUGCUUUUUAAUGUCUUUGUAUUGUUUGAUAGGGACUGCUUUAUCUAAAUGAAUGUUAAUGUGCUGUUUGAACAUUUUUGUGACUUGAAAGAGAGUCUUAAUUCUUAAAGGUUGUUGGCUGUGGGUUUUGUUUUUCUGUCUUGCUGUGCCAGUGUAUAUAUACUCGCGCUGAUGAUGGUGAUGUUUUUGCAGAUCUAAGUCUUGAAUGAAGUCAACUGUGAUUAUGGACUACUAUUGCAGCAGCACUUUGUGUGGAUUACAGUAUCUUAGUAUUGUAAUUACAAUGACUAACUGUAAUGUGGAAUGAUGACAUUUACAUAAAUAAUACAUUGAUGCAUAAAUUAAAUACUUUUCAUGGUCAUGAAUCAAGUCAUCAAUUAAUGUAUUACCUGGAAGCCUAUUACCAUACAAAUCAAUUAAGAGUAUUGCACAAUUCUGUUGAAUUGGUUUGAAUGUCAACAUGAAUCCUGAAGGCAUUCUAUUGUCCCAAUAGCACAAGUCGUUUAAUCUGGAUGACAUCUGGAACAAAGUCAUGUUCAGAGUCUAAUGCAGCAAUAUCAUAUAAGCAGUACUUACGCCAAAUGGUUUGAGAUUGUCUCACCUUUUCUAUUUCACUCAAUAACCUGCUAUUUCUCAGACCAGAGAGGCUUCAUCUCUAUCACUUUGUGACCAAAUGAAAUACAUUACCCUCAGACAAGCCUGCUGGGCCAUCGCUGGAUGACAGAGAGCUAAGACAAUCAGAAGAAAAAGAUGCCUACAGUGGCACCAUGCAUGGAACCAGUCUCAUUAUCAUUGUGUUGCCUCGUGUGUACAGGACAGGUGUGUGUGUUCUCCAACAUACAUUUUAUCUCUCACCAUUCCCUAAUUGAACAUCCUGCUGAAAAUGAAUUCCUCUAUCCGUCCUCUACUCACUGUGAGCUGCCGGAUUACAGAAAAUUACAAACGCUCAAAUAAAUUACUGAAUAAUAAGGCUGUGUAAAUUUGAAAUGCAGACCCACCUGUCUCUCCCCAUGUCCUGUCUUCUUCAUGCCUAGUAUUGUCUGCAGGGCUGUGCCUCAGAGGAUCACCUCAGGAGAAUGGGUCUAGAGAGAUGGGAGGGAGUGCUACCCUACUGUAUUGACCGCUAUUCUUCAGCCGCAGGCUCUUUCAUAUUUUCUGCCCAUUGUCAGUCACUGUAUUGAUUAAAGGCAGAUUUUUCCUCACCUGGCACGCAAAUAAUUGCCUUUACUCUUAAUUCUCAAGUGAGGAUUUUUAUUACUUUGAUGUCCUUCGAAAAAUGUAUAUUUUUCUUUUUGUCUUUGUAAUUCAUACAAACAUCCUAUCGGCCAUGAAAGCUAGUGUUCACAGCCUAAUAUGGGUGAUAUUUCAGACUAAGCUGUAGUUUUGCUGUUUUUAAAAGGCUUGAGGCUUAAAGGGCUUGAGAUCUGUGAAGAUUUUCACUUGAGUGUCCAAGAUCUUGUACUUAGAAAUUAAUGAUUUGAAAACCCUGUCUGGUCAAAUAUGGGUCUUUGAAGAAGGCACUGACAAGAUUUGUCAGAUAUCUCCUACAGCCCCUUUCAAUUGUUCAGUUGAACAAUGACGAGAUGAAACUAUUAGAAAUCAUUACUAUGUAUUAAUCAUUCAUGUAUUAUUUAUUACAAAUAGACAGUAUUCAGCAUCUGUGACCUUUCUAUAAACGGAUCCAGACAACCCAGUGAGGUAGGGCCAUGGAUUUAGACCACAUCAGUGUUCAUUCUAAAGGGGAAUGGACAGAUGAGUUGAAGGCAGGCUCAAAGAGAGGAUAGAAUCACAUUCAGUCAACCGCUCACUGAGAAAGAAUGACUUUAUCCACCCCCGCUUCAAUUUAAUUACUUCAAGGUCAGUCUCUCUCUCUCUCGAUUGAACUUCAAUCUUUGACUAUAUAACUAUGGAGAAGGAGCAAGAAUUCUGUGAUUUUCUGUGUUCGGUUUCUGACCCAUCCAUGAUUGUGUUUCAAUAGAAGUCGUUGUACCAAAUGGUUUUGGAAUGAACACAGACGGUUCCGUGAUGGACAAAUAUAACUGCUUUGAUGAUGCUUGGGCUAUUCAUCAACCAUCACAUUCUGUCUCCCUUUUUAUUGAGUUUCACUUUCAAAUGGACAUGAACUCAGUCUAUCAUUCAUACAUACAGUAUACUCUCUCUUUCUCUCUCUCUUCCUCACCUCCUCCCACCAUUCUUUCCUCCACAGCGCUCGCUUGCCACAGCAAUUGAUUACUGUGCCCAGGCAUUGAUUCAGUGUUAAUAUUAAUCACUAACAGCACCACUGCCCUUGGUGACUGUUACCAAGGUUACUGUAGUUUUCAUUUGCUGUAAAGGUAUUGUCAUAAAGUGCAUCUCCCCCCUCCUGUGUGAGGAUUGGUUGCUUUAGAAAACCAUGUCCCUUUCAGGCAGCCUUCUCUUAUGCCAUCAAUGGUGUGACAAGCGUGAUUAUUAUUUGUCCGAAUAUUGUGGCUAUGCUCUCUGUCUGUAACUUGUUAUUAAAUAGAAAAGCAUGAUAUAUACCAGGAAGAAAACAGGAUGAGCUACUUUAAUUAAAAGUAAGCAUAAAAGGCAGAAUGGAACCACACCUAUUAUACAGAUGUAAGAUCUAAUUUGAUCACUCUUGUUGAUGAGAAUUUUCUUCAACAGCAGGAAAUGUAAACUUGUGUUCAAGGUUUAAAAAGGCUUCUAAAGUUUGCAAUUUCAACUUUAGAAUUUCAGACUUGAUUUGUCCUAAUGUAAUAUGUAUCAACCUCUACAAAAUAUAUUACAAAUAUAUUACAAUCCACAUAAUUAUACUGAACAAAAAUAUAAACGCUACAUGCAACAAUUUCAACGAUUUUACUGAGUUACAGUUCAUAUAAGGAAAUCAGUCAAUUUAGAAAUUCAUUUGGCUCUAAUCUAUGGAUUUCACAUGACUGGGCAGGGUGGGCCUGGGAGGCCAUAUAAGGAAAUCAGUAAAUUUAAAUAAAUUCAUUUGGAUUUCACACUUGGGAGCCAGGCCCAGCCAAUCAGAAUUAUUACAGACCGAAAUACUCCUCAGUUUCAUCAGCUGUCCGGGUGGCUGGUCUCAAAUGAUCCCGCAGGUGAAGAAGCCGGAUGUGGUGGUCCUGGGCUGGCAUGGUUACACGUGGUCUGCGGUUGUGAGGCCGGUUGAAUGUACUGCCAAAUUCUCUAAAACGACGUUGGAGGCAGCUUAUGGUAGAAAAAUUAACAUUCAAUUAUCUGGCAACAGCUGUGGUGGACGUACCUGCAGUCAACAUGCCAAUUGCAUGCUCCCUCAAAACUUGAGACAUCUGUGGCAUUGUGUUGUGUGACAAAACUGCACAUUUUAGAGUGGCCUUUUAUCGUCCCCAGCACAAGGUGCACCAGUGUAAUGAUCAUGCUGUUUAAUCAGCUUCUUGAUAUGACAAACCUGUCAGGUGGAUGGGUUAUCUUGGCAAAGGAUAAAUGUUCACUAUAACAGGGAUGUAAACAAAUUUGUGCACAAAAUAUGAGACAUUUCUGGGAUCUUUUAUUUCACCUCAUGAAACAUGGGACCAACACUUUACAUGUUGCAUUUAUAUAUUUUUUCAGUAUAAUUCACAUUUCCUGUUGCUGCAUGAUUAUUUUCCUGCUGUAACAAACUGGCUCAAAGUAAGAUCCUACAUCUGUAGUGUUCAGGGCAUCAAUUCAAGUUCAAGGCUACUGGAAUAGGAACACUUUCCUUUUUUUUCAGAGAUGCGAUGCAUCAUAACAUUACUACUAUGUUAGUGUCAUGAAAAAAUAUUAUUUGCAUUUUAUCAUAUUCCAAUUUAAAAUGGAGUAUCUUCUAAGAGACAAACUUGAUGAGAGUGCAACCUUCCAAGCUCUGCAGAGCGUAUUAAGCUGCAGUCAGGCAGGUAGUUUGUUGUGAGACCAUUUGCCAGUCACAUCUCCUUCCUACAUACAGCCUAAUGACAUCUCAUCCAAGUUCAGGACAGCAGUUUGUUCUGCAUGGCCUGCGCCACGGCACUGCUGCCCAGUCUACAGCCUCUGAUGUUCAGGGUGAUGUAGAUCGCUCUGCUUACUGGUUUCCUGAUUAAUGGUCAUAUUCUGCUGCUGAAGUAUGUCUUUACUCUAGGAUGGCUAACUAUUCCCUGAGGAUCAGCUAGUGAGAGACACACACACACACACAGUCAGUCCAUUGGGGGAAGCAAGCUGGUACAGAAACGUAUAAUUUGGGCCCAUCACUCCUGCAUCUCAUUAUGCUUGACCUGUCAUCUGAUGGAGCCAGUGUCUGUGUGGUUAAUGGUGUUUAUUGUGUAGGCCAUUCUGGAGAUCCCUCAGUAGAAUAGGCCACAAGACAAAUAGUCCCCAUCACUGUCUGUCUGGUUCUCUGUGGCCAUGCCAAAUGAAAAUGAAUUAUAGAAUGUUGCUGUGACAUCUGAAGACUUCUCUGGGGCAAAUGGUUGUGAGCGACUUCAGUAGUCUGCGUCCCAAAUCAAAUGACACCCUAUUCCCUUUAUAGAGCACUACUUGCGACCAGACACCAUAGGGCUCUGGUCAAACGAAGUGCACUAUAUAGGGAAAAGAGUGCCAUUUGGGAUGCAUCCAUGGUCUUCUGUUGAAGGAGCCGGUGUACAGAGUGUACUUUUAUAUCAACCUCUCUAUUAAAGACUUUUAAAGUCACAAAGAAACAGAGAGCACAAGGUUAAAUUGUAGGAAUGUGUAUUUUCAAUCAUGAUGUUUUACAGAAACUUCUGAAUUGUCUUUGUCUAUAGAGAACCACGUUAUAAUCAUUCCAGCCUCACUGUUGGCACAGCUGGAUAGCAGGACUUUUAACAGGAUCUAUCAAAAGUGAAAAAUGCUGCAAUUAUUCUAAACUAAUUGUCCUGUUAACCUCAUUACAUCUUUAUUUUCCAAUGGUCUGAAUAAUAAACCUGAGAAACAAUGUUUCCUACAAAUUAACGUGAGUAUCACCAUGAAUACAGUGGGGGAAAAAAGUAUUUAGUCAGCCACCAAUUGUGCAAGUUCUCCCACUUAAAAAGAUGAGAGAGGCCUGUAAUUUUCAUCAUAGGUACACGUCAACUAUGACAGACAAAUUGAGAAAAAAAAUUCCAGAAAAUCACAUUGUAGGAUUUUUUAUGAAUUUAUUAGCAAAUUAUGGUGGAAAAUAAGUAUUUGGUCACCUACAAACAAGCAAGAUGUCUGGCUCUCACAGACCUGUAACUUCUUCUCUAAGAGGCUCCUCUGUCCUCCACUCGUUACCUGUAUUAAUGGCACCUGUUUGAACUUGUUAUCAGUAUAAAAGACACCUGUCCACAACCUCAAACAGUCACACUCCAAACUCCACUAUGGCCAAGACCAAAGAGCUGUCAAAGGACACCAGAAACAAAAUUGUAGACCUGCACCCAGCUGGGAAGACUGAAUCUGCAAUAGGUAAGCAGCUUGGUUUGAAGAAAUCAACUGUGGGAGCAAUUAUUAGGAAAUGGAAGACAUACAAGACCACUGAUAAUCUCCCUCGAUCUGGGGCUCCACGCAAGAUCUCACCCCGUGGGGUCAAAAUGAUCACAAGAAUGGUGAGCAAAAAUCCCAGAACCACACGGGGGGACCUAGUGAAUGACCUGCAGAGAGCUGGGACCAAAGUAACAAAGCCUACCAUCAGUAACACACUACGCCGCCAGGGACUCAAAUCCUGCAGUGCCAGACGUGUCCCCCUGCUUAAGCCAGUACAUGUCCAGGCCCGUCUGAAGUUUGCUAGAGUGCAUUUGGAUGAUCCAGAAGAGGAUUGGGAGAAUGUCAUAUGGUCAGAUGAAACCAAAAUAUAACUUUUUGGUAAAAACUCAACUCGUCAUGUUUGGAGGACAAAGAAUGCUGAGUUGCAUCCAAAGAACACCAUACCUACUGUGAAGCAUGGGGGUGGAAACAUCAUGCUUUGGGGCUGUUUUUCUGCAAAGGGACCAGGACGACUGAUCCGUGUAAAGGAAAGAAUGAAUGGGGCCAUGUAUCGUGAGAUUUUGAGUGAAAACCUCCUUCCAUCAGCAAGGGCAUUGAAGAUGAAACGUGGCUGGGUCUUUCAGCAUGACAAUGAUCCCAAACACACCGCCCGGGCAACGAAGGAGUGGCUUCGUAAGAAGCAUUUCAAGGUCCUGGAGUGGCCUAGCCAGUCUCCAGAUCUCAACCCCAUAGAAAAUCUUUGGAGGGAGUUGAAAGUCCGUGUUGCCCAGCGACAGCCCCAAAACAUCACUGCUCUAGAGGAGAUCUGCAUGGAGGAAUGGGCCAAAAUACCAGCAACAGUGUGUGAAAACCUUGUGAAGACUUACAGAAAAUGUUUGACCUGUGUCAUUGCCAACAAAGGGUAUAUAACAAAGGAUUGAGAAACUUUUGUUAUUGACCAAAUACUUAUUUUCCACCAUAAUUUGCAAAUCAAUUCAUUAAAAAUCCUACAAUGUGAUUUUCUGGAAAAAAAAUUCUCAUUUUGUCUGUCAUAGUUGACGUGUACCUAUGAUGAAAAUUACAGGCCUCAUCUUUUUAAGUGGGAGAACUUGCACAAUUGGUGGCUGACUAAAUACUUUUUUCCCCCACUGUAUUACAAUGAGUAUCCCCAUGGUCAGUUACAAUCAACUGAUUAGCUCUCAAAUUGACAAUGACUUUACCAACACCUUGGAUAAAUAUUGACCAUUAUCAAUCAAAAAAAAUAAUAAUGGUGUACCCAAAACACGCUUCAACCCAGCUUAAACAAAAAGGGAAUCAGGUGCUCGACUGAGGGACUUGAAAGUCCCCCCCAAAAGUCUUACCAUUCCUAAACGUUCCAUAUAAACACUGAAAAUACAAAACAUUAACAACACCUGCUCUUUCCAUGACAUAGACUUACCAGGUGAAUCCAGGUGAAAGCUAUGAUCCCUUAUUGAUGUCACUUGUUAAAUCCACUUCAAUCAGUGUAGAUGAAGGGGAGAGAGGUUAAAGAAGGAUUUUAAGCCUUGAGACAAUUGAGACAUGGUUUGUGUAUGUGUGCCUUUCAGAGGUUGAAUGGGCAAAACAAAAUAUUUAAGUGCCUUUGAACGGAGUAUGGUAGUAGGUGCCAGCCACGUGUACCGGUUUGUGUCAAGAACUGCAACGCUGCUGGGUUUUUUACACUCAACAGUUUCCUGUGUGUAUCAAGAAUGGACCACCACCCAAAAGACAUCUAGCCAACUUGACACAACUGUGGGAAGCAUUGGAGUCAACAUGGGCCAGCAUCGCUGUGGAACGCUUUUGACACCUUGUAGAGUCCAUUCCCCAAUUAAUUGAGGCUGUUCUGAGAGCAAAAGGGGGGAGGGGUGCAACUCAGUAUUAGGAAGGUGUUCCUAAUGUUUGAUAUACUCAGUGUAUAUAUUUUCUUUUUUAUAUACACUAGUGCAGUCACGCUGUAUCUGGAUCCAUUUUGUUACUCUGCUUCAGUACUAUUCCAUAUUUACAGGGCAAAGUAUAAACUGACAAUAACGCAUAUCAGUAAUUUAUUUUAUUUUGUUAUUAAUUUCAAACACAAACAGUUGCAUGAGCUAACCUGUUACAUUAGCUUGUUAAUCAUUCAUUGCCUUAGGGUAUGAAACUAAGGGCUCUAUUCAAUCCGUAUCACGGAAGUUCAGCGUUACAGCGUGAUACAAAUUUUAAGGCAAUGUUCCCACGUUAGCGGAGACUGCAUUCACGGUAAACGCUGCAUAUGUCGGCUCAAUCGGAAAUUACCUUUACAUUUCAAUCGCACAAUCUGUAACGCUUCAGCGAUCGACUGAAUAGAGCACUACAUUCAUGGAAGCUUGGCUUUCUGCUUACACCUGUGACAAGGGCAUUGUUCACUUGCUACAGUAAUAUUAACAUUUUAUUUAAAGCUUUUCGUGUGUAGCGUAUAGACUUCUUCCAAACCACAAAAAAAGAGGAAGGUUUAUCAAUGACAGCACACCAGUGUUCUUUUAACUUAAACAUCAAUAUGAGGCAAAAAUAGGGAAAUAGAAAGUGUGUUUCUCCGAAGCCCCUAACACAGUACUCUCUUCCUCUUAACAGAGGGUGGUGACAUUCUAAAAUAGCAUAAUAUUGUACAAUAUUAGUACCAGUACAGUAUAUUCUGCACGAUCAUCCCCCAUAGUAAAUAGGGACUUUUAAGUGUACACACUAUAAGCCUUAGAUGUUGUCUUGAUUAAAAAUGUGUAUACCCUAACAGCUUUAAAUAUUAAUUGUGCACCAUAUCUUUUAUUUUUCUUGAUUUCAGUUUUCUCCCAAGAGCAUAAUUCAAUUUGUCAAAAAGAAAUUGUAGAGUUUUAAACAGAGCAGGACUGCUGCUAGUUCUCACAUUAAAGACAACAGCAAAACUGGCACAAUAGCAUCACAUGACGUUACGUCGGGACUGGACUUCUGUGAGUCACACCGCUGCCUGUCAGAAUUGCUGAGUCUAAAGCACCGCCUACACCUUCCCAGAAUGCUCCUGUUCUUUGGAGUCUGGGGAGUCAAGCUAGACUCCAAAGUCACAGUCUGGGUCUGGCCAUGUCAGCUGAUCUGUGGUCUGGCUUGGUCGUGGUUCUGUUACUCCUUUGGUCCUGAGGAUUCCAGACUUGAGGUGGCCUUGCUCCCUCUCAGAGACAGACAGACGGGGGUUCGAUGCAGUGUAGUGUAGCAUCACCCACCAGUUACAAGUCGGCAGUGUAGUGACUGAUUACUAAGACUCCCUCCAUCCCAAUGCAUUCAUUAAUUAAGCUUCACAUAGACAGACAGUCACACACUUCAUCUCACUCUGCAUCUCUGGCUGGGGGAACAUGCAUGAACCGGCAGCACUGGAGGACACUCUUCUCCGUCUCCUUCCCUCCCCCCUUGGCGAGGCCCCAGCCCUCCUCUACAGGCCCCAGUAG